GAUGCAUAUCAAUGCGUAAAAAGUAUUUAGUUUAAAUACGCACGUUACGGGAUAAGUUGUAUCUUUGGUGUGUGGUUGUCUCCGCUACCAGGGUCCAAUAAAAAUGUGGUCGUGGAAGAUCUGGUUGCUGUGCUUGGCUGUGGCGUCUACUUAUGCAGAUGACUUGGAUAGAUCUGGAUACGGAAAUGCAAUCGCCUCCGCUAACGCACAGGCUGAAAGUUACGGAAAUGGUAAUUUAAAUAUACCAGCUGUGUUACCUCUUCCUUACCCAGGGCCAAUACCUGCUCCACCAAUAUGGCCUCCUGCUCCUGUGCCUCAGCCAAUCUGUCCACCUCCAAUAGUGAUCCCGGGAAAGCCAUAUCCAGUACCGGUCCCUGUUCCUAUGCCCUAUCCCGUUAAAACACCAUACCCAGUUCCGUAUAGUGUUCCUCGUCCUGUACCAGUGCCAACGCCACCAAGAUGGAUUCCUGUGCGAGUUCCUGAGCCUGUUGCAGUACCAGGACCGACAAGAGAUAUACCAGUCCCAUACCCAGUACCAUCGCCACCUAUUCGCAUACCUGUGCCAUCCCCACCAGUGCCUUUUCCGUACCCAGUGAACCGCUACAUACCCGUACCAGGCAGGGACAGAUUGAUACCUGUACCAGUACCCGUCAGCCAAACGAAGAUUUAUCCAGUGCCAGUAAUCGUCUAUAUAGAUCCGUUAUGCAGAAGGAAAUUGCCUUUGGUGCCAUUCGUCUUUCCUGGAGAAAGGUGUCGCGUACACGUUUGCAAAGUCAAAUAUAACUUUGUCUACAUCGAAUCGAAAAUUGUUCAAGGAUGCAAUAUAGGCCCCGGAGACGUCUCAGCUCAAGCUUAUGUUAAUGCUAAUACUGGCGCUUAUGGAGGUUUCCGUGGGGGCUCUUCUCAAGGAGAUGCUUCUGCCAACGCUAACGCAGGUGGAUUGGGAGGUCUAGACGGUGUAUCCACUGCUCAGGCAGAUGCCUUAGCCAACGCUCUCGCAGAUGGAUUGGGAAGCCUACACGGUGUAUCCAAUGCUCAGGCAGAUGCCUCUGCCAACGCUCUCGCAGAUGGAUGGGGAGAUCUAAGUGCUCUUUCCUCCGCUCAAGCAGAUGCUUCUGCCAAUGACUUUAGAGGUGGAUGGGGUUUAGGCGGUCUAUCCUCCGCUCAAGCAGAUGCUUCCGCCAACGCUCUUGCAGGUGGAUGGGGAGGUCUAGGUGGCCUAUCGUCCGCUCAAGCUGAUGCUACUGCAAACGCUCUUGCGGGUGGAUGGGGAGGUUUAGGCGGUCUGUCCUCCGCUCAAGCAGAUGCUUCUGCCAACGCUCUUGCAGGUGGAUGGGGAGGUCUAGGCGGUCUAUCCUCCGCUCAAGCAGAUGCUUCCGCCAACGCUCUUGCAGGUGGAUGGGGAGGUCUAGGUGGCCUAUCGUCUGCUCAAGCUGAUGCUACUGCAAACGCUCUUGCGGGUGGAUGGGGAGGUUUAGGCGGUCUGUCAUCCGCUCAAGCAGAUGCUUCUGCCAACGCUCUUGCAGGUGGAUGGGGAGGUCUAGGCGGUCUAUCCUCCGCUCAAGCAGAUGCUUCCGCCAACGCUCUUGCAGGUGGAUGGGGAGGUCUAGGUGGCCUAUCGUCUGCUCAAGCUGAUGCUACUGCAAACGCUCUUGCGGGUGGAUGGGGAGGUUUAGGCGGUCUGUCCUCCGCUCAAGCAGAUGCUUCUGCCAACGCUCUUGCAGGAGGAUGGGGAGGUCUAGGCGGUCUAUCCUCCGCUCAAGCAGAUGCUUCCGCCAACGCUCUUGCAGGUGGAUGGGGAGGUCUAGGUGGCCUAUCGUCUGCUCAAGCUGAUGCUACUGCAAACGCUCUUGCGGGUGGAUGGGGAGGUUUAGGCGGUCUGUCCUCCGCUCAAGCAGAUGCUUCUGCCAACGCUCUUGCAGGAGGAUGGGGAGGUUUAGGCGGUCUAUCAUCCGCUCAAGCAGAUGCUACUGCUAACGCUCUUGCAGGUGGAUGGGGAGGUCUAGAUAGUCUUUCGUCUGCUCAAGCUGAUGCUACUGCCAAUGCUCUUGGAGCUGGAUGGGGAGGUCUAGGAGGCUUAUCUUCAGCUCAAGCUAAUGCUAUUGCCAACGCUGCCUCUGGCGGUGGAUGGGGAGGUCUAGGAGGCUUAUCAUCCGCGCAAGCAAAUGCGGCUGCUAAUGCAGCAGCUAGUGGUUUAGCCGGAUGGCCCUUAGGUAUUGGUAUUAAAAGUGGAGAAGAAGAAUCUGACAGUAAAUAACAGUUAACGCUAAAAAUAUAAACCACGAAUUGAUCUCUCUACGUUGACAUGGCUAGUGAACUGGACCCGAAGAUGUUUAGAUAAGAUUAAUAGCAUUGUAAAAUAGAUAAUAAUGCACGCUUUAUACUUUUAUAAAUAAAUUAGUGGGACAAAA